AGACUAUUUAUAGCCUGACACGUGACCAGACGUGUUGUGUUUACUGUUCGACAGGACAGAUCUUGUGUACGGGAUAUUUAUUUUCUGGAUAUAACCCCUUACACUGGAUAAAGGGGGUAAGAUUGCGGAUUCGCGAUGUUUAGAUUUAUAAGCGCAAUAAGGAAUGGAUCUUCUGUUGAAGAAAUCGAGCGAUGGCGAGUGAAGAGCGAUCCUGAUAUGACCGACGGGGGAGGGGACAUAUUGUACCCUCCUCUAGAAGCGCUUCGUUUUGCAGUAAUGUACAGUCACUUGGAUUACGCACGUCAUAUUCUCCGAACAUUUGGUGAGGAAGUUUUGCGAGUGAGUCUGUGCUGUCCUCUUCUCUUAUUAGCCGUCAGACUUAACGAUGAGGCAAUGUUGAAACUGCUUUGCGUGGAGAGCCGGUUAAUCGGUGUUAAAGUAAACAUAAAUUAUGUGAACGCCAGAGGUUGUGAACUUAUGGAGAAUGGAAAGACAGCGCUUCACACUGCAGCCGAGUUGGGAUAUGUUAACUGUACGAAGAUAUUACUACAACAUGGAGCCAAUCCAAUCUUGAAAGAUUCAACUCUCAUGACCCCUUUGGAGAAAUCCUGCCGAAAAUACCGUGCAACGUUGAACAACCUCAAGUGUUGUGUUGAACUGCUCAAGUGUGAAAAACAGGUUCAACACAAGUUACUUCCCUUGCUUGUAACUCUUCACGACCGAGUUCACGUUGACGGUUUGUGUGAUGUGUGUAAACUUGUACCAACUUCGGUCCAACCGAGCAGUUUAGAACACCUUAGUAAAUGCAGUAUACGUAUGGCGAUGGGAAUACACCUUCCACACGUUGUUAAAACAUUGCCGGUGCCAUUAAUCGUUCGUAAAUCCAUAUCGUUCCAAGACAACGAGGAUUGUACAUAGCGUAUGUGUGUUAUGGUUUGAUGACUAAUUGUUAAUCACACAGUUGUGUGUGACGUCAGUGAUGAUAUAGUAUUUAUGGCACGUCAGUGGGGGAAGUAUUGUACAUAUCAUUCGUGUAUUUAUUGCUCAAAAGCGUCUAGGUCGUACUUAUGUUCGUUUAAUGUAUGUGCUUUUAGUGUAUACGAGGGCGAAUGCUCCUCUCGUCCAAGAAACACCGUGAGACAUACAUGUGUGUCUGCAGAAAUGCCUUAUUUUGAGUAAGGACACGUGUUUUCGAAAACAGUCUCACAACUAUGCAAGUUGAUACAUCUGCUGUCAUUUUGAAAUACACAUAUAUCUCUCAACUGCAGAAAGUAGCUCAAUCCCUAUAUGUUACGAAGUUGUCUUUCAUGAUGAACUAGACCUGACUGUUAUGUUUCAAUAUUGAAAUUAAAUGUAAUCUUCGGUGUUAUUUGUUAGGCAGUCGGGGGUGUUUGGGUUAUACAACUGCCACUUUUGUACAUUCAUUCGAAUGUAGCCAAUUUAACGUGAUCGAUGUAAAUAUAUGUUAUUUAAGUAGUUAUUUAUGAUACGAUAUCAUUAUCUUUUUUUGUCAUUUUAAAGGGGCACUUUUACCCUUUUAGAGUUGUUCUGAGUACAUUAGACGUUGUAUCACGCUUUCAUUUGGAUGCAAGAUUCGAAGGAGGAAUUAUGUUAUAAAUGAACACUCUCACAACCCUUCUCACUGAUCAUGAAGAUUCAAAUUGGGCCUAACUUUACAGUUGCAUUUUAUAUAUAUCUUUAACUGCCAUCUUAUUCCUAAUUUAUUAAUCAUGUUAUCACAGAGUACAUUUUAAAAUUCAUUUCGUGUAUUUUUAAAACCAGAUUAUGAGAUCUUGUUAUUUUCUGUUAUUAAUUUAAUUCUAUUUAUUAUCUUGAAAUAUUUAGCUCUAUACAAGCUUGCAACAUCUGUGAUGGGGGAAUGCUUGAAUGUGUUUUUGUUGUUAACUGGGAAUGAACUAUGGAGAUAUAUACAUGAAUAAAACAAUACUAUCAAAA